GGCCCCAGCUUAAGGACGGCGGGAGGCGCCGGAGCCUAGCGACGGACUGAAUACCUGGGACCGGGCGGCUGAGCGGAAACUUCUCUUCGAAACAAAGCGGAAAGCUGGAGGGCGCGAGAGGCGCGGGGCUGCGGCCUGCCUGCAUUGGUCCAGCGGGCGAUGGAGGGAAGCCUGGGGGUCCGCCAUUUCUCGUCCUCCGGAGGCCCCGCGGCGCCUCCGAAGACCGCGCAGGCCACGGAGGAGAUGCAGAAGCUGACCCUGGACAUGAAGGAGACCCUGGACGUGCUGACCCCGCUGGAGCUGCGUAAUUUCCGCGACCUCCUCAAAAAGCUGGACGAGGAGCCGCGCGUGACCCAGGUGCAACUGGAGCUGGAGGGCGACAGCACCUUGAAGCUGGCCCGGCUCCUCGCCAAGCAGUACUACGCGUCGGCGCCGCGUGUCCUCACCAAGGUGCUGCAACAGCUGCCCCGCGCCGACCUCCUGCCGCGCUGGGAGAGCGGCCCCGCAGCCAACGGCCCGGUGAUCCCAAGAAAACGUGCAAGGGGAAGCGAUGACUAUGUGGACGGUGAUCUGGACCUUUACGACCUGAGCGGCCUCCGGAAGGCUUUCCUCAUGUGCGUGAAGAAGACCAGGCCGGGGGCAGGCCGGGACGUCGAGCUGAUGGAGCAGUGGCUCGGCCACUGCCUGUUCGAGCACACGCUGUGCAUCGACCCCGGAAAAAAGGAGUUAAUUGACAGACUAACGUCAUUUCGUGAUGGAUUAAAUGAAAUUAAAGAUGAAAUUAGCUGUUGCCUUGUCACUCUUAUGUCACAUGGAGAAAACGGCUUUAUUAAAAUGACAGAUGAUGAGAAAGUCAGCCUGGAACUCAUUUUCGACAUGUUUAAUAAUAAAAACUGUCCAGCACUGCACGAGAAACCCAAGAUCUUUAUAAUCCAGGCCUGCAGAGGAGACAGAAGAGAUAGCGGUGUUGAAACAGACGAUGAGCCCAUGGACUCGGAUGACGUAUCUGAGAAGAGGAGGCUGCCCACGUUCAGUGACUAUUUCAUCAUCUAUCCUACCCAGUCAGAUCACGUUGCUUUACGGCACCCCCGCACCGGCUCCGUGAUGAUCCAGGCCAUGACUGACGUCUUUGAAAAAUAUGGAAAUAAGUGGCACAUCGCUGACUUUUUCACCAGGGUGAAUAACAAAGUGGUGCACACUAACUUUCAUCUACGGGAGGAGCCCGUCAAAGUAUCGCUUGUAAUGGAAUCGACGCUAACUAAAUCCGUGUACUUUUGACAUCAGGAAGAUUUUAAAAAUAAGGACUCUUUUGUAGUAGACUUUCUAAAGGAAGCUGAGUAGCAUAGUAUAAAUGGUUAUCAUGUUGCAUUAUUUCUGUUAUUAGUUGUAUUUCUCCAGUUUGUUUUGUAUAUGUAUAUAUUCAAUGUAUAGCUUCCUUCCACCCCAUGUAGUGAAGUCCUGUCUGUACCACGUCCUUUCUCUACACCACGCAUUCUUCAGCGUGCAGCUGAAUGGGGCCCAACCCACUGUAAAGAGAGCCUGUAUGUAGACUGGCGUUUUUAGAGUAACAGACUGUGGACUGAGCAUGAGUUUCAAUUGUAAUUAUGUUCUUAUGUAAUGUGGACUAUGUUCGGACCUCGGCUUCCGCAUCUGUAUAAAAGGAGAUUUGGCUCGGCUGGCUGAGAACUCAUCCCACUGGACCUCAGGGAACUCUGAAGUCUGAAAGGACUUGGCCGUGAACGUCCUGCAGAUGUGACUGUCCUUAAACCCAGAGGUUCAAGGUGGCAGUUGCCGAAGACUGUUGGGCCUGUGUGAGAAUGUGGCUGUGAGGAUGCUGUGAAGACUGAAGCACAACCCAGAAUUCCAGGCCUAUCUCGAUUUCAAGGAUAGUCAUGUCCUUUCUGUUUAAUGUGAUUCCUUAAGCUUAUAUACAUGUAAUUUAAUGUUUAACCAUUUGAGUGCUGAUGUUUGGUAUUGAUAUAUAAUUUUAAUUUUUGUAUAUAGCAUUAAAAUGUUUCCUUGGCUCAUAAA